UCACAGUCUCCAUCCCUUUAUGGUUUGACAACGAAAAAAACUUUUCAUGUCAGUCGGUUAAAAUUCAUUGUUGCCUGUCCAGCCAAUCAUAGUUUUUGACGACACAAAAGAGGCUAAAGUUGGAGUAUAAAAAGGUGUGCGCUAAUAAAGUAUGAUGCCUAUCAGUGUGGGACAUUAAUCCAAAGCCAGUGCCGCCGCGCGUUAGGUCCAGCACACACCGAGGGAUCUUUUUUAAACGAAACCGCACACCUUAGAGACAAUGCCUUUGUCUCAGACUGUGCUGUAUCUCAGCUUGCUGAUUGCUUUGGGUCCAGUAGUUUGGAGUGACCAAGAGACGCACCAGCAGCCCUCCGCCAGCAGCCCCGAGGACACGGAGCAGUGCUCCUCUACCUGCGAGGUCCGCCAGCAGAUUAAAACCAUGCGAUUAAACGCGAUCAAAUCUCAGAUUUUGAGCAAACUGCGAAUGAAAGAAGCUCCUAAUAUCAGCCGAGAUGUGGUGAAGCAGCUGCUGCCCAAAGCGCCGCCGCUGCAGCAGCUCCUCGACCAGUACGACGUGCUGGGAGAUGACAACAAGGAGCUGGUUAUGGAGGAGGACGAUGAGCAUGCCAUCACGGAGACAAUCAUGAUGAUGGCCACUGAACCCGAGUCCAUCGUCCAAGUGGAUGGAGAACCGAAGUGCUGCUUUUUCUCUUUUACUCAAAAGUUCCAAGCCAGUCGCAUAGUCCGGGCUCAGCUCUGGGUGUAUCUGCGGCCGGCGGACGAGGCGACCACUGUGUUCCUGCAAAUCUCCCGCCUGAUGCCGGUCACAGACGGGAACAGGCACAUACGCAUCCGCUCUCUGAAGAUCGACGUGAAUGCCGGGGUCAGCUCUUGGCAAAGUAUAGACGUCAAGCAAGUGUUGGCCGUGUGGCUGCGGCAGCCGGAGACCAACUGGGGCAUCGAGAUCAACGCCUUCGAUUCUAGGGGAAACGACUUGGCCGUGACGUCUGUAGAGCCUGGAGAGGACGGACUGCAACCAUUCAUGGAGGUUAAGAUCUCAGAGGGCCCCAAGCGUGCCAGGAGAGACUCAGGCCUGGACUGUGACGAGAACUCUCCAGAGUCCCGCUGCUGCCGUUAUCCGCUCACAGUGGACUUUGAAGACUUUGGCUGGGACUGGAUUAUUGCCCCAAAGCGCUACAAGGCCAACUAUUGCUCCGGGGAGUGUGAGUACAUGCACUUACAGAAGUAUCCGCACACCCACCUGGUGAACAAGGCUAACCCCAGAGGGACCGCAGGCCCCUGCUGCACCCCCACCAAGAUGUCGCCCAUCAACAUGCUCUAUUUUAACCGAAAGGAGCAGAUCAUCUAUGGCAAGAUCCCUUCCAUGGUGGUGGACCGUUGUGGAUGCUCUUGAGUUGGGACGGAGACCCUGGCGAGAGGGAGGGGAGCACGGAGGGGCCGUGGCUCGGUCCGGCCUCCAGCUUCAGACUUUUUGACACAACCAAUCCACAAGUUCCAAUGCUUUCCUGCAGAACACGGUGCAGUAGAACCAGAGUAGAAGCCACAAACAGCCCGACCUUCCCACAGGGCAGCGCUUUUCACAACCGGCAUAGCUCUUACUUUUCUUUCCUCCAGUGAAAUCUUAGCCAUAGAGGCUUGAAGUCAGAUGGAUGCAGAAACAUACAUACGCACACUCACACACCUGCUGGACCUCGGAGUGAAUGUAGACAGAAAUGAUCAAAGUUAACCAAAAACUUGUUUUUUUUUCCUGUCUCUGUGUUCUGUGCCGUCCAUUUAUACACACACAUGCCAACAGAUUAUACUCGUACGCCAUCUACUCCACUCCACUCGUAGCCAACAUACAAGCUAUUACACUUUUUGCUAAGCUAUGUGUCUGUGAUAAUCAUUUUUCGAGUUAUGUUUUCAGAGUGAAACCAGGAAUCCUCAUGGACUUUUUGAAAGGGCUUGGAAAAACCCAGCUGGAGACACUUUGGAGUGAUAUUUCACACUGGUAGAACAUGUUUUAGUACACACCGGUUUGUAGGAGUCAAUAAAAAAAUAAAACUGACCGCACGGCAAACCCUUAGUCACUCCCACAUUACUACUGGCAUUUAUAAAGACCCAGCCAAACAUUGCAACAUUACUAAUUUGGAAAAUUAAGCAGGUUAUUUAUCUUUCCUUUGUUGGAUCAAACUUUGAGUUCUAAUUUUGUGAGAAUUCGGGAAUAAACCCCUAAAGGCAGGUGGUGGCAUGGUGGUUGAUCGUGUCGAGAUCCUAUUGACAUAAAAAUGUUCCACCAGGUUGAAGUAGCACUUGAGGUUUUGACACGUCUUCAUGUACUCUACCAUACAUACACGCAGCCGACUGAGGAGCGUUCUUGCUCGGUCAUAAUCUUCACUAUCCAACAAAACAGCCUGACCUGCCCGAUACACUUGAAUUAUUCUGAUUGUAAAUUCACAUUACUGGACAGAAGGACUUGAACUGAAGGCACAAUGAAUGCAGCCUACAAAUGAAAAAUGUGUUAAAGACAGAGAAAAUGGAUUGUCGAGAUGUAUGAAUGUUGAGAUCAUGCUUAAACUCUGUCUUACAAACAACACCGUUUGCACUAUGGCACACCAAUAGAAAGAAUUGGUUGCUACAAAAGUUGUAAAAACUGAUUUUGAUAUGUUUGCUGAUUUGUAUUGUAUACAUAUGCCAUUGUUUCCAUUAGGAGUUGCCUUUCUAAACCACUGUUGGGAAAUGUAUAAAAACCACAAUCUAGCAAGAUGAAAGAUGUAAUACAGCAACUCUAUAUACUUGUUUUAACAAAUAAAGUUUCUAGCUUGUUUGUUGA